GCGCGGGGGGCAACGAUGCCAUGUGCGGGAGGCCCUCAGCGGAGAAACCAACAAAUGCGAGGCCGCAGGAGCUUGGGCCGAAGUCCGCAUCACCCCUCAGUCACAUAUUCUCUUUGCUUCUAGCAUCACCCGUCCCCUCCUUAACAACACUAGAUACCCCCAGAUCCUCUCCAGCUGUCUUGCCACCUAGGUUGUCUCCCCAUCCGACCGUUGGACUUUGGAGCACACGCACUUCUGCCUGUCCUCCUGCUUGGCGCCUCGGCCUAUCUGGUAGCUACCUAGGUACUUGGGUUCCUGCCUAUUCAGGUUCCUACUACUUGGGUCGUACCUGACUACAUCACUACACCAACCUACAUACCUACCUAGGUAGGGACCUACACCUACCCACCUACCUCGGCAUCUAGCCCUGUCAUAUCCCUACACCCCACCUUCACACCCAAGCAACGAUUUCCACAUCACCAAAUAAGCCUCAGCCAAAAGGACAACAGCACCCGCACCAACAUCCUAGGACGGGCAGCUUACUGUCGCCACCAUGACAUCCGGCCCGAAGGAUCAAGCCACGCGUGCGCGAAGGCUCUACGCACGCUUCAAGAGCGUCCUGGAGGGUAAAAACAAGAUCCUGAGCGACGGGGAUGCGGCACUGUUUCUCGAGGCAGUCUUGGCACAGGAAUCACCAAGUCGAUGUGUCGAGUCACUGGUUGCCAGUGCACACGGCCUGGACGCCGUGCGAAGCUCUGUUCGCACCGAUUUCUCCAUCGCCUUCCUUCAGACUUCGACCUUGAAGCUCCUGAUUUUUCUGUCUGACCCAUCUAUCCGAGCGCUUUCGAGUGGCCUGUUCCUCUGGCGUGUCCUGGAGGCCAUCCUCACUCCCGAAACCGUGUGGAGGGAGCUGAUAGGCGCCUUUCUCGGCAACAAGCUCGAGGAGCAAGACCUCCUUCCUCUGGCCUGGCUUGUCCAUGAGGUCGUUGAUUCAUCUCGAGGCUUUGGUUUCGACUUCAUGCCGGAUGUGAAGCUCGUUCUGAACCAUGGCGGACUAAAGAAGUCCAAUUCUCACGAGACCCGCACCCUAGCCUGCAUGAUCCAGAAGGUCGUCCUUCUGAAGUCGCAGCCAGCCUCGAGUGGGAAGCCUGCCGAGCACAGCCCAGGAGGGCGCCACGACAACGACUCCGCCAAUUUCCGUGAGAUCUCGGUGUAUCCAACCAGGGACGAGUUCCUUUCGACCCGGCGGCCAUUCUACCGCACGCUCGACGAGGUAUUCGAGCAAGAGGCUGGGACCACCCCCGAGGCUCGAGCCGCCGUCCACCUCGAUAACCAGUUCCGUCUCCUCAGGGAGGACAUGUUGGCAGAGCUGCGCAACGACUUGCAGGUUUCUGUCGGCAGACGGAAGGGAAAGCGGCGCGCUCAGGUGUUGAGUCAACUUUCUCCCGACGAUAUCGACUAUGGUGACUCGCAGAGAGGCAGGAAGUGCGCAAUAGUCGUCAAAUGCUUCGCCGGCCUGGAUGAUCUCCAAAAGCAGAAACCAGAGAAGCGGCAGAGGUUCCUCAAAGACCACCCAAACUACGUCAAGCACCAAGCCUUUGGUGCGCUCUCCUUGGGCAACGAGGUCUGUGGGUUCGCCUUCGUCCAUAGAGACGAGGGUAUGUUGCUCCUCAACCCACCAAAGGUCUGCCUUCAGUUCGCCGACAGAAAAUCGCUGCAUGGGGCGCUUGUGGCACUGAAGGGGUCGCCUGCCAACGCCAAGUUCACCCUAGUGGAUACCCCCGUCUUCGCAUAUGAGCCAGUCUUGAAGGUCUUGCAGACCAUGACCACGCUGCCUCUUGCUGAGUAUCUGAUGAGUCCCGCGGCAGCCGAAGAGGAAGUCUUCCAGAUGGAGCCCGGCAUUGCCCGAUUUGUCUCUCGGCUUCGGUCGACAAUUAUGAAAGACGGAGAAGAGGGCGUCAUGCUCGAUGACAAAACUCAUAUUGAUCUCUCGCAGCGCGACUCACUUCAAAACGCAUUGUCCCAGUCAGUCAGCAUGAUCCAAGGACCUCCUGGCACUGGCAAGACCUUCAUCGGCUGCAGGGCCAUGAAAGCCAUGUACCAGCAUUCCAACCUGCGCAUCUUGGUAAUCACCUACACCAACCAUGCCUUGGAUGAUUCCCUCUCGGGCUUCAAGAAUGUCGGCAUCCCCGAGAGUGCCAUGGUUCGCCUUGGGUCCAAAUCCACGGCCGAGACGGAAUCCAUGCUCCUGUCCAAGCAGAACAAUAGGAUCCCGUUUCACAAGAAUGGCGUGGGGGGUCUUAUCGGCCCCCUCAAGAGCGAGCGGCGAGACUUGGCUGAAGACCUUGACAGGGCGUUCGAACAUUACAACAAAUACGUCCCCUCAUUCGCAGCCGUCCUAGAGUAUCUCGAGUUUGAGGACGAUUGUGCUGCUUUUCACCGAGCUUUCACUAUCCCUUCUGAAACUCAGGGAUGGAAGCGCGUCGGCGGGAAGGGCAAGACGGUGGGCCCUGAUUACCUGUACAGUCGCUGGGGGAAUGGGGAGAACCCUGGCAUCUUCACCAAGCAAGUGCCCAAGGAGUGCGAGUUCGUGUGGGACAUGACCCGCCAGCAACGCCAGGAGCACCGGGCGAGGUGGAUUGAAACCAUGAUCCUCGAACGCGUCGACGAGGUGACGGACUUUGUGGUGAAGAUGGACGACAAGCAGGAACAGCUCGAGAACAUUUUCAGCGAGGGCAAGGUUGCGACGUUGCGGUCCAAGAGGAUAAUCUGCUGCACAACCACGGCAGCCGCGAUGAACGUGAAGCUCCUCCGGUUGGCUGAGCCUGAUGUGCUCCUCGUCGAGGAGGCCGGCGAGAUCCUUGAGAGCCACACCCUCACCGCUCUGGCACCUUCAGUCAAGCAGCUGAUCUCAAUUGGGGACCACAAGCAGCUUCGGCCCAAGGUCAAGAACUACGCCCUGACCGUCGAGAAGGGCGAUGGCUACGACCUCAACAUGUCGCUGUUUGAGCGGCUCGUCAAAAAUGGCUUCAAGCACACCACGCUCCGGAAGCAGCACAGGAUGCAUCCCGAGAUAUCGAUAUUCCCCAGGGACCUCACAUACCCUGAUCUGCGCGACGGGCCCCAAACCCACAUGCGCAAAGCUAUCGAGGGAUUGCGUGAUCGUGUCAUAUUCAUCAAUCACGAGCAUCGGGAAACCAACGACAACCAACUCAUGGACAGGAUGGACCCUGGCAUUUCGGGGAGUCGGAGCAAUCAGUUCGAGGCGCUUCACAUCCUUAGGAUCGUCCGGUAUCUUGCCCAACAGGGCUACGGCACGGACAAGAUGGUGGUUCUGGCUGCCUAUCUUGGCCAGGUUCGGCUGCUGAGGGACACGCUGGCGAAGGAAAACGAUCCUAUCCUCAACGACCUCGACGCCUCGGAUCUGAUACGUGCUGGUCUCAUGACCCAGGCAGCCUCGAAGGUGCACAAGAGGCCUCUUAGAAUCUCGACCAUUGACAACUACCAGGGCGAGGAGAGCGACAUUGUGAUCGCAUCACUCACACGCAGCAAUGCAGACGGGGAUAUUGGCUUCAUGUACGCGCCGGAGAGAGUCAACGUCCUGCUCACUCGCGCCAGGUGCUGUCUGAUACUCCUGGGGAACAUGGAAACCUUCAUGAAAAGCAAGAAGGGAAGCGCAACCUGGGUCCGCGUCUUCGAGCUGCUCAAGGAGAACAAGCAUCUUUACGACGGCCUGCCGGUGCAGUGCACCCGCCAUCCUAACGCGACAGCCGAGCUUCGGUGUCCGGAAGAUUUUGACAAGUUCUGUCCGGAUGGUGGGUGCUCGGAGCCCUGCAAGGAGAUGGUGAAAUGUGGCAUCCAUCCCUGCCAGAUGCACUGCCAUCGACUCACAGACCACUCCCAGACCGAGUGCACGAUCAAGGUCUCCAAGGUUUGUGAGCGAAAUCACAAGCGCGAUGUCGUGUGCACCAAGAGGAACGAGCGCUGCGACAAGUGCAUCGCAGAGGACAAGGAAACAGAGCGGAGGAUCAAGAGGGAUCUGGAAAUCGAACGCCAGCGGCUGGAGCGUCAAGACCAGUACCGCAGGGAGCUCGAGGCUAUCCAGGACGACCUGGAUAGAGAGAAGAGGCUUAUGAAGGACAUGGAGGAUGAGGAGAAGGAGAAGGAGACUCUGGCACGCGAGAGAGAGAAGCUCCAGAACCUCAAAGAUGGGAACGUGCGCAAGAAGGAGCGGCGUGCGGCGCAGGAGGCGAAAUCUUCCGGGGCGGCUGGGGAGCAGGCGGCUGGCGUUGGGGCGGCGUCGAGCCCCGGGGAGGCCAAUGAUACGACUCAAUUUCCCAGCGAGGUUCGCAAGCGGUGGGAGGAGCUUAAGGAGUUUGAGGGUGCACGGAGCGCUCCGCUCGACGAGCUUAUGGGCAUGAUAGGUCUCGAGCAGGUCAAGGACUCCUUCCUUGGUAUCAAGACCACGGUCGACACUAGGAUACGGCAGGACGUGUCUGUCGAGGAGCAGCGAUACGGAGCGGCGCUCCUCGGCAAUCCCGGCACAGGAAAGACGACUGUUGCGCGCAUCUACGCAAAGUUUCUCACUUCGGUCGGAGCGAUCGGGGGCUCGUCCUUCGAGGAGACGACCGGGGCCAAGCUUGCCUACGACGGUGUACAGGGCUGCGAGGCGCUGAUCGACAAGAUGCUCAACGACGGAGGCGGCGUCGUCUUCAUUGACGAGGCCUACCAGCUGACCUCGGGCAACAACCCCGGGGGCGGUGCUGUGCUCGACUACCUGCUCGCCAAGGUUGAGAACCUAACGGGUAAGAUUGUGUUUGUGCUCGCCGGGUACAACAAGCAGAUGGAGAGCUUCUUCGCGCACAACCCCGGCCUGCCCAGCCGCUUCCCCAUCGAAAUGAAGUUUGCCGACUACAGCGACGAGGAGCUGCUCCACAUCCUCGGCCUCAAGAUCAAAAAGGCCUACAAGGGGCAGAUGAAGUGCGAGGAUGGGCCCACUGGGCUGUUUUGUCGCAUCGUGACGAGACGCAUCGGUCGCGGCCGUGGCAAGGAGGGAUUCGGCAACGCCAGGACGGUCGAAAACACGCUCGCCAUUAUCAGCCAGCGCCAGUCGAUCAGGCUAGCGAGGGAGCGCCGUCAAAACGCCAAUCCGGACGACUUCUUGUUCACCAAGGAGGACAUUAUCGGCCCCAAGCCUUCCGAGGCCCUGGGCAAGUCGACGGGCUGGCAAGAGCUGCAAAAGCUGUUCGGACUGCAGUCGGUCAAGCAGUCGGUCAAGUCGCUCGUCAGCACCAUUGAGCAGAACUACGAGCGCGAGCUUGCUGAGCAGAGCCCGGUUGAGUUCUCCUUGAACAAGGUGUUUGUCGGCAACCCCGGCACCGGCAAGACCACGGUUGCGACUCACUACGGACGGAUUCUGGUCGACCUUGGCCUUUUGUCCAAGGGAGAAGUCAUGAUCAAGAACCCAUCCGACUUUGUCGGGGCCGCCCUCGGCGAGUCAGAGAAAAAAACCAAGGGCAUUCUCGCUUCCGCAGUUGGAAAGGUCCUCGUGAUUGACGAGGCCUACGGGCUGUACGGAGGCCAAGGGGUCGCCGAUCCGUACAAGACGGGUGUCAUUGACACCAUCGUGGCCGAGGUGCAGAGCGUGCCGGGAGAUGACCGAUGCGUGCUCCUGCUCGGCUACCGAGACCAGAUGGAGGACAUGUUCCAUAAUGUGAACCCUGGCCUGAGCCGACGCUUCCCCAUGAGCACCGCAUUCACUUUCGAGGACUUUGGCGACGACGACCUGCGGCAGAUCCUCGACCUCAAGCUCAAGAAGCAGUCCUUCGAGGCGACCGAUCAGGCCAAGAGGGUGGCCAUGGAGAUGCUCAAUCGCGCCCGCAACCGGCCCAACUUUGGAAAUGCGGGAGAGAUAGACAUCAUCCUCGACGCCACAAAGUCCCGGCACCAGACGCGGUUCGACCGUGGCGAGAAGACUUCAGUGACAAUGCUGGAGGCGCUUGACUUUGAUCCCGACUUUGACCGUGCCGCACGCUCCGACACCAACGUCAGGAAGCUCUUUGAGAGCACCGUCGGCGCCGAGGACACGGUGGCCAAGCUGGAGGGCUACCAGCAGACGGUCCGCACCAUGAAGGCCCUGGGUCUGGACCCCAAAGAGAACGUUCCAUUCAACUUCCUCUUCCGCGGACCCCCCGGGACCGGCAAGACCACGACAGCCAAGAAAAUGGGAAAGGUGUUUUACGACAUGGGCUUCCUUGCGAGCGCCGAGGUUGUCGAGUGCUCGGCGUCGGACCUUAUCGGCCAAUACGUAGGCCAGACGGGGCCCAAGGUGCUAAAGCAGCUCGACAAGGCGCUCGGGAAGGUCCUGUUCGUCGACGAGGCGUACCGGCUCGCCGAGGGCCAUUUCGCCAAGGAGGCCAUGGACGAGCUCGUCGACUCUGCGACCAAAGAUAAGUACAUGAAGAAGCUGGUCAUCAUCCUGGCGGGCUACACGGACGACAUCAACCGCCUCAUGUCAGCCAACGCGGGCCUCACCUCGCGCUUCCCCGAGGUCAUCGACUUCCGCAGUCUCGACCCUCUCGAGUGCGCCAACCUGCUCGUGAAGCUCCUCGCCGCCGAGAAGGCCAAAGUGGCGCGGCGCAACAGCGAGGUGGCGAUUGACAUUUCGGUGCUCGAGCAGCCAAGACCCGACUUUACCAACCGGGUCUGCGGGCUGUUCUUGGACCUCGCCGGCCAGCCGAACUGGGGCAGCGCGCGAGACGUCCAGACAAUAGCCAGGAAGGUUUUCAAUAUCACCAUGCACAACAUGGACGGCCUCAACCUCGUGGUCAAGGAGGAAACCAUCAUCGCAGAGCUCGAGAGCCUGCGCGGGGAACGGGCGGAGCGCGCCAAGGCCGUCGACGCCGGUGGCAUCGAGGCAGCCCUUGCGAACCUUGGCAUCGGCCCAGGCUCGCCGCCGCCGCCGCCGCCACCCGCGCCCAUGGCCCCCGGCGUCACGACCAAAACGGCCACGGCGACCACGACGACCGCCAGGCCGGCCUCGCCCGAGGCCGCGCCUCCGCCUCCACCGCCGCCGGCGGUAGAUGCCGAGGAGAAGGCGGCGGCGGCUACCCGCGACGCGGGCGUCAGCGACGUAGUGUGGGAGCAGCUAGAGCGGGACAAGAAGGCGGCGCGCGACCGCCAGGCCGUGUACGACAGCCUCGUUAAGGAGGCCUCAGACGCCGAGACGCGGGCCUACGAGCAGCGGCGCGAGGCGGUGGCGCGGCAGAUGGUCGGCGAGGACGACGAGCGGCGCGCCGCCGCCGAGGCCCUGGCGCGGCGGCUCGAGGAGGAGCGUCAGGCGCUCGUGCGGCGGGUGCUCAAGGAGGAGGAGGAGAGGCGCAACGAGGCCGCGGUGCAGCGUCGGCUGCAGAGGAUCGGCAUCUGCCCCGCCGGGUUCCAGUGGAUCAAGCAGCAGGGCGGCUACAGGUGCUCAGCCGGGGGGCACUUUGUGACCGACGGCGAGCUUGAGCGCGAAACCCUGAACGAGGCUUUCUUUUGAGCGUAGGGGGCGAGUGAUGGUGGUAUGUAGGCAAUCCGGGGGUGUCUCUCUCUCUUGUUGUCUAUCAUGCUGCUUGCUUGGAGUCAGGAGUCGCCGUAAAGGGAAAGUCUAGUCAUGGACAGGUGAGGUUUUGUCAGUUGCGGCCUUUUUAUUGAGAAUCUAGAGUUGGCUGAAGUGAAUCACUUUCAGAAAUGAGGUUUUUGGUCCUAGCCUCUGGCUUAGCACGCGCACACGGUCCGGAUCCAACAAAGGAACGUGAUGUCCGCCGCUCCCUAGUGCACGGGACUAGCACUUGGGUGAUCUGGGUCAGGUAUUUACAGGCAUGGCCUGCUUCACCUCGCUCAGGUAGAUCCGCUCUCCCUCUUCACAAUAAAUCUCUAUUCCAUAUUCGAGACGAUCGUCGUUCCUCUCGCAGGAUAUCUCCCAGCUUAGGGAUACGUGCACCAAGCCCCUACCGUCGGCCUCAGCUACCGUGGUCAGAGCCCAGCCACCAGUGUCGACGGAAUGCCCAACCCCUUGCCGAGAGGGGCAUUUCAACCGCCAGGCCGCCUAGCAGCACCCUUCCCAAUUUUGGUCUGCAGAGUCCCAAGCGUCGUGUGUUUUGGAACGACGUGGGACUAAGCUUGAAAACACGUCGUGAUGCGGGCGCCAUGGCCUCUACAUCGUCUAGAUGGCAAACCUAUGCUUUCGGGCAAGCACGGGAGCCAUUGAGCUUAAAUGCGGAGAGGGAUGUAGGCCUGGUCGGGUAGAGGGGAAAAUAUGCUCCAAGCGCCAUGGCAAGGAUUUCAGGUGAGGUUGUUAAGACGGCGACCAAUAUAAGACCAGAUUCGGAUGCUUGAGAAGUUUAAUUCGCCGAGGGAAGCCCCCUUUGUUAUAGACACCAAACCAGG